AUGUCUGCUCGAAAGCAAAGCAACCUCCUGAGCUUCUUCCAGCGCAACGGCCCCCCGAAGGAAGAGACUUCCCCAAAACCCUCGCCAAAGGUCAAGAAAGAAGAGACCAAGAAGCCGCUGCGAGCCGCCGGUGACACUGCUUCACCAAGAGUCAGCCGCCCCCUCAAAAGGUCACAGCCGGCUGCCGAUGACUCCGACGAAGAGCAGCUGAGUCAGCCGAAGACCCGUCGCCGUGUUAUCGUGUCGAGUGAUGAUGAGGAUUACCUGCCCGAGCCAAAAGCCUCCUCGGAGACGGACGGAGAAAACAAAACCCCGCCCGAGCCCACAUCUACUCCCAGGCACAAGAAUAAGCCUUCGUUCCUUGCCGUGUCUCCAAAGACUCCGCAAACUCCACGCUCGCAUCUAGAAGCUAAAAAAUCGACUACUACACCCGGGCGUGCCGCGUUGAGCACGCAACUUGCCGGCUCUUUCAUCAACUCGUUCCGCAAGAGUGAAGAUGACGAAAUGGAUGCUUCGAUGUGCACCCUGGAUAGAACUAUCUACCAGAUGGACGACGACAAGCCGAAGUCGAGCAAAAAGCGGGCUGACGUGGAUGACCUUGAUAUCGAUGGCGACAUGGCCUAUGAGCACGAGACGUUUGAAUUUUUGAAGCCCGAAAAGAUCCGUGAUGCAAACAGGCGUCGCCCCGACGAUCCGGAGUACGACCCGAGCACGCUAUGGAUCCCCAACGACUUUCUGGAGAAGCAAACGCCAGGUCACACCCAAUGGUGGAAGCUGAAGACGCAGAACUACGACACCAUUCUGUUCUUCAAAGUCGGAAAGUUCUACGAGCUCUACCACAUGGACGCCGUCAUCUCCGCCCAGCACUUGUCGCUCUCGUUUAUGAGGGGAAAAUAUGCGCACACGGGCUUUCCGGAAAUCGCCUUUGGACGAUUUGCCGAUCAGUUGGUGUCGAGGGGAUAUAAGUUGGAGGAGCGGCAGGAACAGUCGAAAAAGGGCAAAGGCCCGAAGGACAAGAAAGACAAAGUCGUCCGAAGAGAACUCUGCCGAGUGACGACCUGCGGCACGCGCACCUACGGAAUGAUCGAGACCCCGGAUGGUGGCGUCACCGGAGAACCGACGUCGAAGCAUUUGAUCGCCAUCAAGCAAAUUACGGCUGAUAAUGUUUCGACGUUCGGCAUUUGUCUGGUGGACACGACAGUCGGACGAUUCACUCUGGCCCACUUCGUCGACGAUGAGUACUAUUCUCGACUCCGCACUCUACUCGCCAGCUUCCAGCCAGUGCAGGUCCUUCUCGAACGUGGCGGCACUUCGCAGUCCAUGAAGAAUCUGAUCGACUCAAUGCUUUCAUCGGUGCCCUGCGAGCAGCUAUCCCCCAAGUCGCAAUUUUUGAGCGGCGAGGCUACGGUUAAAAUGCUGUGUGACACCAAUUACCUCGGACCCGACAGCAGUAACUGGCCGAAGGUCCUCAACGAAUACCUCGACCAGAAUUCUGCCGUGGCCCGUCCUGCCCAACGAUUUGAAGCUGUUUGGACUGCACUCGGAGGCGUGCUAUGGUUCCUGAAACGCUGCUUGAUUGAUGUGGACAUGGUCACGAUGCGUCAUUUCGAAGAAUACGAUCCAGAGCUGGAGCCACAUAAGGCAACUGGUCUCACGGGUGACGCUAAAUGGAAAGGACGAAACAUGGUGCUGGAUGGGGUGACGUUGGAAAAUCUGAAUCUGAUCCCGGUUGAAGCCAAAAUCGCCGGGAAGCGCGACACGGUCACGGCUUCGUACUCGCUCUACAAUGUGGUCAACUACUGUGCGACGCCAUUUGGCCGCCGUCUCCUUCGCCAAUGGAUUUGCAAGCCAACUUGCGACCCGGAAACGCUAACGUCGCGUCAGGAUGCCAUUGAAUGGCUCACCAACGAUGGCCAAGCCUUCAUGGACAAGGUGGACGAGCCGCUCAAAAGAAUUCCCGACCUGGCUCGACUGCUACAAAAGAUCCACACCCUGGGCCUCAAAUACCGAGCCGAGACCCACCCCGAUUCCCGGGCCGUCAUGUUCGAGUCUACCAAAUACAACCGGCGCAAGAUCAAGGAUCUUCUUGUGACCUUGCGCGGAUUCGAGGCGACCAGAAGAAUUGUCGAAGGCUACGACAAAUUCGUGAUGGAUGGUGAAAGUGCCACCCUCAUCGAUCAGCUAAUCGGCGGCGACCACAUCCCAGACAUCACCCCGGAUUUGAAGCAUUUCCAGGCCUCAUUCAACCAGGAACAGGCCGAAAAGGAUGGUAUCAUUGUGCCAAAGCCGGGCAUGGAUAAGGAAUAUGACGAAGCCCUUGAUGCCGUCGAAAAGGCCAGCCAGGACCUCGAGGAGUACAAGAAGAAGAUCGGAAAGAAAUAUGGCUGCAAGGCCGCUUAUUGCGGUACGGGCCGCAAUCGAUUCCAGCUGGAAUUGCCUGACAGCCUCAAAAUGUCCGACGAUUUUGACUUGGCCGGCCGUAGAAAGGGUUACGCUCGCUACUACACCCCGGAUCUGCGCGAGCUGAUCGAGCAGCUCGGAUCGGCAGAAGCUACCCGAGACAAUCUACGAGCCGACAAGACGCGCCGCGUGUUCGCCGAUUUUGAUACAAGAGCUGAAAUGUGGGACUCCGUCGUGCAACGUAUCGCCCAGCUCGACGUCCUCUUUUCGUUGGCCAAGUUCUGUAAAGGCUGCUCGCUCGACAUGUGCCGGCCACAGUUUGACUUCCAUGCGGGACAGCCCUACAUCAUCGUCGAAAAGGGCGUACACCCAUGUCUGGCGUCAAAGGGCAUCGUCUCAGCCGUCUCCAAAUCCUCCUGCCCGACGAGCACCUACAUUCCGAAUGACACCAAGCUGGGCGGUGAUGUGGCGGCUUGCAUGCUGCUGACCGGGCCAAAUAUGGGCGGAAAGUCGACGCUGAUGCGGCAAACGGCGGUUCUGGCCGUCUUGGCUCAUAUGGGUUGCCUGGUCCCAGCCGAUGAGUGCCGGCUCACCCCCAUCGACCGCAUCUUCACGCGCAUCGGGGCGAACGACCGGAUUAUGGCUGGCCAAUCGACCUUCUUCGUCGAACUCCACGAGACGCGACUCGUGCUCCGGGAUGCCACCGCCGACUCGCUGGUGCUGAUCGACGAGUUGGGCCGCGGCACGAGCACUCACGACGGUACCGCCAUCGCUUCCGCUGUCCUCGCCCGCCUAGCAGAUGGGCUGAAGUGCCGCACGCUUUUCUCGACGCACUACCACUCGAUCUGCUCGCGAUUCGCCGAAGCUCCAGGAGUGGCGUUCGCGCAUAUGGCAUGCAUGGUUGAGGGCGAAAAUGAGCAAGACCCGACGCUCGAGACGGUGACCUUCCUCUAUCGGCUCGUGUCGGGCAUCUGCCCCAAGUCCUACGGAUUCUACGCCGCCAAGUUGGCCGGAAUCAAUGAUGAGGUGGUCCGCAACGCGUACUCGGCUUCCCAGCGUCUCGCCUCGUGCACCGACGGCCUCUCCCAGCUCGGAACACUCAAAUCGUUGGCACGUGAGGGAAAUAUGGAAAUGUUGGCCCUUAUGGUAGAUGCUCUU